AUGUCGAGCGCAACAUUCGUCGAAAGCAUGGAGCAUAUCCGUGCGGGGACAUAUACGUGCGCUGCGGGCGGAACGGUGCUCCUGUUUGACAUGCUGCUCACGAUGGGCGACGAAAUUCGACUGAUAUGGCCCUCGAGAUGUUCUCUCGUCAAGUCUCUGUACUUUAUCAAUCGGUAUUUCCCCGUGCCCUGCUUGCUGUUGGGCAUGUACCAUCUCGCCGGUUUUCAUACAAAUCUCUCCACCAACAUGUACGUUGAUCACACUCACAUGGCUAAUGGUCCUAAUAGGAAAUAUAGGUGCAAACUCGUCAUCCUUUCCCAACUGGUCGGCCAGGCAUUUGCACUCGUUGCGGCGACAUGGCUUUUGGUCCUUCGAGUUCGCGCACUCUACACGACUACGCCAUGGGUAUCCUAUAGUCUCUACGCCGUCUUUAUCAUCACCCAUGGCCUCACCAUCAUCAUGUCGUCUGUCAUCGUCCACAACCUCUGGCCCUCGGUGGCCUAUGUAAAAGAGGUUCACCUUUGCGUUGCCACCCCAUCAAAACAACUCGCCCUCGCCUAUUUUCCACCCGUCCUCUGCGAAGUCUACUUGGUUGCGUUGACCAUUUACCACGCAAAACAAUACACUAUCGCACUCCACCCGCUCCUCAACCUCCGUACACUCCGACCAAACAUUACCCUCCCAACCUUCAAGCGACGCACAAACCUCUUCCGCACCGAUUCCAACCAAGACGCCACGACGACGACGGAAAACCUCGUCGCGGGUUUGACAUCGCCUGAUCCGACGUCUCCGACUAUGAUUGCUGGCAAUACGAGCAGUUCACAGGCGCCACCAUUAGCUCGAGGCGACAACAAAGCUGAACCAAAGCGAUCGAAAUGCAUCAUUACGCGCACGGGUGUCGCCGCUGCGAUGACCGCUACUCCCAUCCUGCGCACGCUCUACGCAGACGGCUUUACCUAUUUCAUCGUCGUUGUCGGCUUGCGGCUCUGGACCGCAUUUACCUUUACUUUUGCAGACGAAUCGUAUUGGUACACGUCUACCUAUCUCGAAUUCGGCCUCGUGUCUACUAGUGUCUCCAGAUUGGUCCUCCAUCUACGAGGUGCAGCUAUACCACGGGAUUACGACCCGAAUACCGAGAUCGAGCUCGACGAGGAGGAAGAUUGCGAAUGCGAGGCAUGCUACUGUAACAAGGAGACCGUCGGGGCCGAGUAUUGUACAACGUACAGUGUGUCGAGAGAUGGUCCGCACAGGACGAGCACGAUCCGUCGCGCACGAGGAGAUGAAGAGGAGGGACGUGUGGGGGUCGUCAGCGCUGAUUGGGAGGGACGACGGACUGUCAACGGAUUCCCGACGCAAAUGUCUGUUUACACCGCACACACACUCUCACGACGUGCAGACGAAAAGGAGGAUGCGCGGCGCGCUCCCAAGUCUCCUCGUCGUCCUCCACCCACCACAGGCAACCCACAUCACCACCACCACCAUCCACGGUGCGAGAAGAGGAAACGCAGAGCCAGAAAGGAGGACGUAUCGUAUGGCGCGCAAUCUUCUGUUCACUUUGAACCUGGCCUUGGCUCGAGAGAGUUGCAUACCCGAGGGUCCAUUGAUGAAAUUGGUAUUGUGGCAUCCGCUCCAACCCCACGACAACGAGGGAAGACCCGCGGUGGACAUGCAGCUCCGAGUCCAGUGCACGUCGGGACGCGUGUGAAGAGGGAUGAGAUGGGUCGCAUCAUUCGUCCACAACCUCCGCUUGAAGAAGAGGAGGAUGUGUGGAAUGAGGCUGAGGGAGAUCACGUUGACGAGUGUGAUAAAGAGGUGGUGGUGAGUGGAGAGAAUGGUGCAAAGGAGGAGUGGGUGGAGAUGCAUCCGUGGCGGGGUGGUGAUGGAUUCGUCAAGUGA